GAUCGUGUAGAGUUGCUGCUUCCACGGGGCCUAGAAUAGCAAGGUCUACCCCGAGCGUAACCUGCCGCAUCGUCUGAUUCCCGUUCGGCAAUUGAUAAACAUACACUGUAUGCCGCUCUACAUGUUCCACAUCCUGACGGGAAUUGCAGGAGCGCACGAAAAUGCAUCCUGCCGCCAGACAUGGUGACAAGAGAGGGGAAAGCAAACGGGAAGUGUCCGAAACUCUAACUUUGGCCGUUUACCCCACGUCCCGAUGCCUGCUCGACUAGCGAGAUGGCCAGGAGUAAAGCCAUACUCGUCCGCCGUACCUGUUCCGUUCGUCUCCAGCUGCUUCACUCAGCGCAUUGUUUACACUACUCAGCCAAUCUCCGUGCGUGCGUCGUCCUCGGAACUUGGUCGUUGGAUGGCGAGUUUCAUCCCAAGCGCCCGCUACGGACAAGGCGGGAUUGGCGUCGACGAGUACGCAACCAAUCGACGACGGCAACGUGAGCUCCAACUAGGGCAUUAGUCCGAGCUGAUUAUACAUCUGGGGUUACACGC